UCACAGUGUUUUAUUUCUCCAAAAAAAUAACAAACACGGCACUUUCUCUCUCUAAAAUCUCUGCUUACUCUCUCUUGCAAAACAGUAACUUUGAUAGCGAAAAAUGAAGUUUCGGUUGUUAUUACAGCACAUUAGCCACGUGCCCAUGAUUUUCUUUUAACGCUUACCCCUUUUGUUAUCUAGUUUUCAGUUUCUUGAAUUCACAAAAACACUGCCUUAGUGGUUAGUUGGUGUUUGUUUUGCUUCUGGGUUUGGUUUCUUGUUUUGAUUUGUUUCAAGUUCGUAGCUUUUCUGGGUUCUAAAUCUCCUGUGUUUUUAUGAUUAAGAAUAUUUGAUAGAUCUGGUAAGAAUUUUAAGUUUUUUUUUUUUGCUGUUUCCGUUUCUGGGUUGUUGAGAUCACUUGACAUUUUGUGUUUCUUUAAAUUUUGCUGUAUUGUAUUCACUAAAAAGCAUUAGUUUUUGGUUUUAUUGUUUAUGUAUAGUAUGUUGACUUGGUGGUCCUGGAAAUUCAAGCAAGAAAGUUCUCGGUUAUGUCAUGUUAGUGAUUUUGAAGAUGAAGUAAUGUUUUUGACUUCUUUUUAGGUGAAAUUUGAUUAUAAAGUUUUUGUUUUUGUACACUAUGAUUUUAAAUUUGUUUUAGGUGUAUAAUUAUUCUGGUAAUACCCUUUUUGUAUUCAGCAAUAUUAGUUUUGGUUUAUGCUCUUCUUCUUUUUUGCUUUCUAAGUGUCCCUUAUGCUAAGUUCUUCCUUUUGUAUUUCUUGUAAGUUUAGGGUUAGGAUAUUAGUAAUCAAUAGCAUCAUAAGCUGACUAGUAAGAUAGUAUAUAUUAGUUAUUUUCUAAUGGUAUGAUUCAGUAGAGAAACUAUGGAUCAUAGGUUUAAUAUCAAUAAUUUAUAGUUGUGAGUUCUCAAGUGGAUUAAUGGCUAAUUUCUCUGAGCUAUCAUCAUCUUUGAGUUUUACCUCAUCUUCUCAUAUGUCAAAUGGCUCAAUUAGUCACAAUAUAUCCAACUCCUCGGUUGCCGAGGCAGGAACUAGUCUUGAGGUGAUUAGUUUAAACAAGCUGAGCUCCAGUUUGGAGCAGCUAUUGAUUGAGUCUACUUGUGAAUAUAGUGAUGCUGAUAUUGUUGUUGAGGGUAUCGCUGUUGGUGUUCAUCGAUGUAUUUUAGCUUCUAGGAGCAAGUUUUUCCAUGAGUUGUUUAGGAGAGAAAAGGGGUCUCUGGAGAAGGAUGGAAAACCAAAGUAUUGCAUGAGUGAGUUGUUACCUUAUGGAAAUGUUGGAUAUGAAGCCUUCCUAAUUUUCUUGAGCUAUUUGUACACUGGAAAACUCAAGCCAUCUCCAAUGGAAGUCUCAACAUGUGUUGAUAAUGUAUGCGCUCAUGAUGCGUGUAGACCUGCGAUUACUUUUGCAGUGGAAUUGAUGUAUGCAUCAUCCAUAUUUCAAGUUCCAGAGCUGGUUUCACUUUUCCAGAGACGCCUUCUUAACUUUGUUCGGAAAGCUCUUGCGGAGGAUGUGAUCCCAAUCCUUGUGGUUGCCUUCCAUUGUCAAUCAAGUCAGCUUAUUGCACAAUGUGUUGAUAGAAUAGCAGUGUCUAAUCUUGAGAACAUCUCUAUAGAGAAAGAGCUUCCCCAUGAAGUCGCAGACAAAAUUAAACAGCUCCGCCGCAAACCUAUUUCUGAUGAUGAAAACAACACAGAGGCUGGGGAUCACCUACGUGAAAAGAGAAUCAAGAGGAUACACAUGGCAUUAGACUCAGAUGAUGUUGAACUUGUGAAACUUCUCCUGACUGAGUCUGAUAUAUCCUUAGAUGACGCUAAUGCUCUCCAUUAUUGUGCAUCAUACUGUGAUCUCAAGGUUAUGUCUGAGGUGCUUAGCCUUGGUCUUGCCAAUGUCAAUCUUAGAAACUCACGUGGUUACACAGUUCUUCACAUUGCUGCAAUGCGGAAAGAGCCAUCAUUGAUAGUUUCGUUGCUGGCCAAAGGAGCAUCUGCUUUGGACUUGACAUCAGAUGGGCAAAGUGCUGUUAGUCUCUGCCGGAGGUUGACAAGGCCAAAAGACUAUCAUGCUAAAACAGAGCAAGGGCAGGAAGCAAACAAAGACAGGUUAUGCAUUGAUAUUUUAGAGAGGGAAAUGAGAAGGAAUCCACUGGGUGGGAGUGCUUCCAUCACUUCCCAUACAAUGGUUGAUGAUCUGCACAUGAAGCUGUUAUACCUGGAGAACAGAGUGGCAUUUGCACGAUUAUUCUUCCCUACUGAAGCAAAGCUAGCAAUGGACAUUGCACAUGCUGCAACAACAUCAGAAUUUGCUGGUCUUGCUGCAUCAAAUGGUUCUAGCGGGAAUUUGAGGGAGGUUGACCUGAAUGAGACGCCAAUAAUGCAGAACAAAAGACUUCGUUCUAGGAUGGAAGCCCUGUCAAAAACAGUGGAAAUGGGCCGACGAUACUUCCCUAAUUGCUCUGAAGUGCUUGAUAAGUUCAUGGAGGAUGACCUCCCUGAUUUGUUUUUCCUUGAAAAGGGCACUCCAGAUGAACAAAGAAUCAAGAGGACACGUUUCAUGGAACUUAAAGAGGAUGUUCAGAAGGCAUUUAACAAGGACAAGGCUGUGAUUAACCGCUCUGUUUUGUCUUCCUCGUCAUCCUCAUCUUCUCUAAAAGAUGGUGUUGGUAACAAGCUCAGGAAACUAUGAGGGCAUGCCACUUUGUCUCUGAUUUAAGCUUUAAUAUUAGUUAAAGAUUUUGAUAAGCUUCUCUGUACAAUUUUAACCGAAGAGCGAACUAUCUCUGUAAGCUCAUAUGCCUGUAUUAUUAAGCCUUCUAAAGCUUUUAUUUCGAAAGCUCAUAUAAAUUUUCUGCAGUUACUGCAAAAAACAAGAAUUAUAGAAAUUUGCGACUGAUUUAUUUA